CACCGUCUACGCCACCGGCGUAGGAUGACUGCUAAUUGGCUGCUGCGCUAAGAGCGUAUUGGGGCCCCGAAAAGACAUCCCCUUGUCUCCAAGCUGGUCUCUAGGAACAUCUUAUAAACAACAUGGCGCCUCCGGCUGUAGGUGCAUUGUAGUUUGGGCUAUGGAAGGCUAAAGCCCAUGCACCAGCGUAAAGGCACUAAGUCGAUUUAGCGCUUGUGUCGAUUUGGAGGCUGGCUUUUUUUUCACCUGCUGAUGGGGGCUGUUGGCAUUUGAUGACAUGCAGCGUGGAGGACUAGCUACUAUUGCUGGGUCCCCUUGCAGGAGGCACGGGCACUCGCCUUUCGGAGAAUAAAGUGCAGCGAAGGGGUUGGUGUGUAUAGCCCUCGCCCUCCUCCUGGCUGGGGUGGUUGAGGAGACCUUGCCAUCAUCCGAUUUACAUCAGUUAACAUGUCUGUGCAGACCUCACUCUCAGCCGGAUCUGAGCCUCUCUUUACAGACUACCAGAUGGAAGAGGAGCAUCUGGGCUCCCAGGAGGAGAAGGAGAGACAGCGAGACAAACUGCCGCCCAUCCUGUGUGCAGCCAGUGCAGCCUCUGGGGGGAUGGAGAGAGGAGCCAAGGGACAUUUUUCUACAUUCAGCAGUUUCAUUUCGACUAUAAACCAGAAGAAAGAAGCCGCUGGGAACAGAAACUCACCUACACAACUUGUUAUACCUAACAGUAAAAAUGUAAGAGACCUUCCACCAAUUUGCCUUGAUGUCCGACAAAAACAGCGCAUUUCCAUUGAUACUUUGCCUCCUGAGAUGAAAGCUCCCAUCCUUCCCGAACCUACGAUCCCCAUGCGUAGCAGAACACUGAGGGACUUUCAGACCGAUUUGGAGAAAGCAAAAUCUACAGGAGAAUGGAAAGCUGUAUAUGACUUUUAUUUAACAACAUUUGAUUCAUUCCUGGAGCUAAAUGCUGCAUUUAAGAAAGAUGUUAACGUAUCCAUAAACACCAUAGAAGACUCCAGGAUCAACACAAAAUUUGUGAAUACAGUCUAUGAUGCCUUAUUAAAUACUUCUCAAGAUAUCCAGAAAGCAGUGCUCAAGGGUAUUAUUAACAGCCUCUUAAGAGAAUGGAAGGGGCCAAGAACAAAAGAUGAUCUUAGAGCGUACUUUAUACUUACACAGAACCCCCAGUUUAGUAGUACAAGUACUUAUGUCAUCUACGCACAUUUACUCAGGCAAAUCGCCACGCUUUCAGAUACGGACCACCAUUUCCUAAUUAACUGGUUUAAAAAGAUGUCCCAGAAAAGGUUCAAGCAAUUAGUUGACAGAUUGCUGCAGUUUAUCUCCCUACGGCUCUUUCCUGCAAAACCAGAAGAGUUUCCUCCUUUGGCCAAAUGCACAUGGUGGAUUCCUUCAGCAACCAAAGUUCUGGCAUUGUUAAAUGCUGCAAAUACCCUCUGCAAUCCACCUUUAAUAUCUUACACCGACUUCUAUAAUUCCACUUUGGAUCAUAUUGAUCUCAUGGAAGAAUAUCAAACCUGGCAGUUUUAUGGAAACUCUCACAGAUUCUCCUUCUGCCAGUUUCCAUUUAUCAUUUCUAUCGCUGCAAAGAAAGUCAUCAUCCAGAAGGAUUCAGAGCAGCAAAUGAUCAGCAUUGCACGACAAAGUCUUGUCGACAAAGUGUCUCGGAGGCAAAAACCUGACAUGAAUAUGCUCUUCCUGAACAUCAAAGUGCGAAGGCUGCAGCUCGUCAGUGACUCGCUUGACGAGCUGACAAGAAAAAGAACAGAUUUGAAAAAAAAGUUAAAGGUUACCUUUGUAGGAGAAGCUGGUCUUGACAUGGGUGGUCUGACAAAAGAAUGGUUUCUCCUGCUCAUCAGGCAAAUUUUUCGUCCCGACUACGGCAUGUUUACUUAUCACAAGGAUUCUAACUUCCACUGGUUUAGCAGCUAUAAAUGUGAUAACUAUUCUGAAUUUCGGCUUGUUGGAACUCUGAUGGGACUUGCUGUCUAUAACAGUAUAACCCUUGAUAUCCGCUUUCCACCCUGCUGCUAUAAGAAGCUCCUGAGUCCACCCAUAGUUCCUUGUGAUCAAAACGUGCCUGUAGGCAUUGGAUCUGUCACUCUAGAUGACCUCUAUCAGAUUAUGCCUGAACUUGCACAUGGUUUAAAUGAGCUUCUAACAUAUGAAGGCAAUGUGGAAGAAGACUUUUACUCAACAUUCCAGGUUUUUCAAGAAGAGUUUGGGGUCAUUAAAUCAUAUAACUUAAAACCCAGUGGUGAUAAAAUCCCUGUUACCAAUCAGAACAGAAAAGAAUAUGUCCAACUUUAUGUUGACUUCCUUCUUAAUAAAUCCAUCUACAAACAGUUCUCGGCUUUUUACUAUGGAUUUCACAGCGUGUGCUCUUCAAAUGCUUUAAUGCUACUUCGGCCUGAAGAAGUGGAAAUUCUUGUUUGCGGAAGCCCUGAGCUCGAUAUGCUUGCACUACAGAAGAACACUCAGUAUGAUGGCUACUUAAAAACCGACCUCACUAUUAGACACUUUUGGGAUGUUGUUUUAGGAUUUCCACUUGAACUCCAAAAGAAGUUGCUACACUUUGCAACCGGAAGUGACAGGGUACCAGUUGGCGGAAUGGCCGAUUUAAACUUCAAGAUUUCGAAGACAGAAACAUCCACUAACUGGUUGCCAACAGCACACACCUGUUUUAACCAGCUCUGCCUGCCUCCUUACAAAACGAAAAAAGAAUUGAAGCAAAAACUGACAAUAGCUAUUUCCAACGCGGAGGGAUUUGGACUGCAGUAAGAAGAAACCCAAACCAGGAGGACACAAACUUGAGACGUAUUGUCUUCACUGACCUUGCUUACUUGAUUCACUCAGAUGAGGACAGCAGUGCUAUUUACUUGACCACUUGAUGUAAACGACUUCAAGUAGAAAUCUUUACGGACCUCUGGCCUAAAGGGGCAGAGCGGGAGCAUACGAAUUUGCCCUGCAUUUUCAGAUUACAAUUACAAAGAGAACCAUUGCAAGUGAAACUGAGAGUGAGUGGGUUAACCACGAUGUAAAUAAUACAGCAUUCUUUUGUAAUGACUGAUUUUUGGACUGAUAUAAAGCUUGAAUUUAGUUGUGAUUUUGUAGUUACAUAGUAACACUAUUUGGCUAAUGUGCCAACCGAGCUAUUUCUUAAUGGAUUUAACACGCUUUGCUAAUACCAAGUAAAGCUAGUAUAUUUAUGACAAGUUGUAAAAAUUGAUCAAGGUUUUUUAGAUUUUCACAUCACUGUAAGUAUUGGGCAGGAAUGUAUUUUAAGAUAUAACUGAAAUGCACACACAUAUAUGUCUAUAGUUGAAAUGUUGACAUUACCUCAAAGGUGUCCAAGGGCCAGUUACUGACCCCUAACCUGUAAAGAGGUAGAAAAGAACGCAUAUGGUUAAAAG